CUGCUGCUGCGUCCGCCGUCGUCGCGGCCACCGCGGGGCUCCGGGAGGAGGCGCAGCAGGAAAGGGCGGAGGAGAAGGAGGAGGAGGGGAGAGGAGGAGCAGGGGGUGGAGGAGCAGGGGGUGGAGGAUGGAGCCCCGGACUGCCGCGGCGGGCUCGCCCGAGCCUGCGGCGGCGUCCUCCUCCUCCUUCCAGGCCCGGCUCUGGAAGAACCUGCAGCUAGGGGUGGGUAAGGGCAAGGGCGGCGGGAGCGGGCGCGCUGGAGGCCCCGAGCGCCGCACUGCGGGCACCCCAUCGCCUUCCCCGCCACCCCCGGGGGGCAGGCGGGACGCACUGGCCGGCUUGGGUGGCGCGGGAAGCAGGUGGAGCGGCUUCAAGAAACGGAAGCUAGUGCUGGACCGCGUCUUCUCCUCCUCUCAGCCCAACCUGUGCUGCUCUUCGCCGGAGCCUCUCGAGCCCGGCAGCGCUGGCAGAGCCGAGCAGGGGUCCACGCUGCGUCGCCGGAUCCGCGAGCAUUUGCUUCCCGCGGGAAAGGGGCCGGUGGCAGCGGCGGGAGCAGCCAGAGUGACGCCUCCUGGCGGACGCUCGCCGGACUCAGCUCCUUCUUCGUCCUCUGCCUCAUCUUCCUUGUCCUCCUCGCCCCAGCCGCCCCCGAGAGGGGACCGCGCCCGCGAUGAGGAUGCAUGGCGUCGGGGCCCCGCGGCGCACCUGUGCCAUCAGAAGAGUUCCUCCCUGCCGGGCACCGCCAGCUUGGAGCAGCUUCUGGAGCCGCCGCCUCCUCCGGCAGAGCCAGCAUUGAGCCCAGGAGAGCCGCGGACCCCGGACAAGGGCGAGGAGCUAGGCAGUACCCGGAAAAUAAAUACUACUGGAACCAGUAAUGCAGAUGUCCCUUUGGCCGAUCCCGGAAUGUACCAAUUGGACAUUACAUUAAAAAGGGGUCAAAGUUUAGCUGCCCGAGAUCGAGGAGGAACAAGUGAUCCAUACGUGAAGUUUAAAGUUGGAAGAAAAGAAGUUUUUAGAAGUAAAAUAAUACACAAGAACCUAAAUCCUGUGUGGGAGGAGAAAGCCUGCAUUCUGGUCGAUCAUCUUAGGGAGCCAUUGUAUAUAAAGGUAUUUGACUAUGAUUUUGGACUACAGGAUGACUUUAUGGGCUCAGCCUUUCUGGAUCUCACACAACUGGAGUUGAACAGGCCCACAGAUGUGACCUUAACACUGAAAGAUCCCCAUUAUCCUGACCAUGACCUUGGAAUCAUUUUGCUCUCAGUUGUCCUUACACCUAAAGAAGAACACAGGGAUGUGACAAUGCUAAUGAGGAAGAGUUGGAAAAGAUCAAGUAAGGAACUCUCAGAAAAUGAAGUGGUUGGAUCUUAUGUCUCUGUGAAGUCUUUCUUUUGGAGGACGUGCCGCAGGCUUGCUCUUCCUGUCCCUGGUUUCUGCAGAGCAGGGCUUCAGAGCGCUCAUUACCAAAAUGCACAAUUUCAGACCCAAAGUUUACGUCUGUCAGAUGUACACAGAAAAUCGCAUCUUUGGAGAGGAAUAGUCAGCAUCACAUUGAUUGAGGGACGAGACCUCAAGGCGAUGGAUUCAAACGGGUUGAGUGACCCCUAUGUGAAGUUCCGUCUUGGGCAUCAGAAGUACAAGAGCAAGAUUAUGCCCAAAACUUUGAAUCCUCAGUGGAGGGAACAAUUUGAUUUUCAUCUUUAUGAAGAAAGAGGUGGAAUCAUUGAUAUCACUGCAUGGGACAAAGAUGCUGGCAAAAGAGAUGAUUUUAUUGGCAGGUGCCAGGUCGACCUGUCAGCUCUCAGCAGGGAGCAGACUCACAAGUUGGAGUUGCAGCUGGAAGAAGGGGAGGGGCACCUGGUACUGCUGGUCACCCUGACAGCUUCAGCCACAGUCAGCAUCUCUGACCUCUCCAUCAACUCCCCGGAGGACCAGAAAGAACGCGAGGAAAUAUUAAAGAGAUAUAGCCCAUUGCGGAUAUUUCACAACCUGAAAGAUGUGGGAUUUCUCCAGGUGAAAGUUAUCAGAGCAGAAGGGCUAAUGGCCGCUGAUGUCACAGGUAAAAGUGACCCGUUUUGUGUGGUUGAACUGAACAAUGAUAGACUGCUAACGCACACCGUCUACAAAAAUCUCAAUCCCGAGUGGAACAAAGUCUUCACGUUCAACAUUAAAGAUAUCCAUUCAGUUCUUGAAGUGACAGUUUAUGAUGAAGAUCGGGAUCGAAGUGCUGACUUUCUGGGCAAAGUUGCUAUACCGUUGCUGUCUAUUCAAAAUGGUGAACAGAAAGCCUACGUCUUGAAAAACAAGCAGCUGACAGGGCCAACAAAGGGGGUCAUCUAUCUUGAAAUAGAUGUGAUUUUUAAUGCUGUGAAAGCCAGCUUACGAACAUUAAUACCCAAAGAACAGAAGUACAUUGAAGAGGAAAACAGACUUUCUAAACAGCUGCUGCUAAGAAACUUUAUCAGAAUGAAGCGUUGUGUCAUGGUGCUUGUAAAUGCUGCAUAUUACGUUAAUAGUUGCUUUGACUGGGAUUCACCCCCAAGGAGCCUCGCUGCUUUUGUGCUCUUUCUCUUUGUUGUCUGGAACUUUGAGCUCUACAUGAUACCCCUGGUUUUGUUGUUGCUAUUGACAUGGAACUACUUCUUGAUAAUAUCAGGGAAAGAUAACAGGCAACGUGAUACAGUAGUGGAGGACAUGCUAGAGGACGAGGAAGAAGAAGAUGACAAAGAUGACAAGGACAGUGAAAAAAAGGGAUUUAUAAAUAAAAUCUAUGCCAUCCAGGAGGUAUGCAUCAGUGUCCAGAAUAUCCUAGAUGAAGUGGCUUCCUUUGGCGAAAGGAUAAAGAACACUUUCAACUGGACCGUCCCAUUCUUAAGCUGGCUGGCCAUUGUAGCCCUCUGUGCGUUCACAGUCAUCCUGUACUUCAUUCCACUGAGAUACAUUGUCCUUGUCUGGGGCAUCAAUAAAUUUACAAAAAAGCUUCGGAGUCCGUAUGCAAUUGAUAACAAUGAACUACUUGACUUCCUUUCCAGAGUCCCUUCAGAUGUGCAAGUGGUGCAAUACCAGGAACUGAAACCAGAUCCUUCUCAUAGCCCAUGUAAAAGGAAGAAAAACAAUCUCGGCUAGCCAGCUCCCAGCACUGAGGAGACCAGCAUCUGUUUGGGAAGAUAAAAGAAAAAGCCUUCAGCCUCAGCAGCAUUUCCUUUCUUUCUGUUUUUUAUUUAUUUUACCUUUUUAUCAUGAUUGAGAGAAUUUGUAAAUAGUGUACAAAGGCAUAUGUCUUUGAAAACAUACUUCCAUUGUACAGAACCAAUUUGAUAAAGGUUUAGCUACUGCUGUGUAAAAGCCUUGUUAACUGCGGGUGAUACUAUAACACAUGGAACAACAAAUGUAAGAAUGGUAACAUUGGGAGAUACUCACUUCUCUAAUUACAGGUGGAAGGACUACAACAUUAGAUUAAAUGUUCAGCUGUGCUCUGAUUUAAUCUACAUAAAAUGGAAAUGUCGAUUUGAUUUUAAAGUUUUUUUUUAAUGUGACUAUUUUUUAUUCUAAAAUAAUCCAUUACAGUUUUCUAUGUUUUAUACAUUUCAAAAGGGAGGGGGGAAUCCCACAACCUGAAUAAUGGAGCAGAUGCAUUUCAACUUAACAUACAUUCAGAUCCUGACAUUCAUUCCUGUGCAAAUUAUUUAUAUAUGACUAGGCUGAUUUUAAGCUCAUGAGUGAAGGCGUUAUAUUCACCUCAAGAGAAUCUUCCACACUCUAAAAUCAUAUAAAGAAAAUUUCCAAGCCUUCUAUCAUUCCAUCUCAAACCUUAAAAUCUCUACAGAACUACACAAAAAUACUGCCAGGUUUAUAAAUGAUUGCCUAUAUGAAUUUUUAUACCUACCACUAUUAAUUUGUAGCAAAUUAGCAACCCAGUUUAGUUGUCAAAAAUAUUAGCAAAUUAAAUCUGUUUUGCUUUUGGUGUCAGAUUAUGCCUCUGUGCAUCUAAAAACAUUUAAUACUCAACUGUUCUCAGAAAAAAGUAUCUGCUUUCUCAUUAGGUUACUGAAAUGCUUUAAUGCAUAUUAUGAUUUUUGUUAUUAGUGUGAAUUUGACGUAGAGGCGAAUGCAGUGUGCUAAGUGAUAUACCAGUGUUUCAUUACAUUCAUUUAAAGAAAAACUAUUAUUCUUGAAAAUAUGAAUGCAUGAAAACCUAUUUUGUAAAAUAAACUGCUUAUGGGGAGGGGGAGUUUGCCUUUAAAAAGUUUCACUACUUACCAUAGAAUCUAUACUUAAAAAUUGCAUUCCCUAGACUCUUACGGUAGUUUUUAUACCUAACUUCCUGGUAUAAUCAAGGGAGUAUGCCUCUAGAGAGAGAAAUAAUUUGGUAAGAAUAUCUUACUUCUCUGACUUGGUAGGGGAUAAAGCUUGGUUGAAAUUGCUGCAGACAAUGUUUUGCACUACUUUAUUGAUAAUAGACUAGGAAAGGGUGAAGUUGGGGUUAUGCUGGAAAAAUGUAGAAAUGCUAGAAGAAAUAUUUAUUUCACUCUAAUGGAAGAUUCUUUAAAAAUAAAUUUAAUCUCAAAGUUGAUUUUUUAAAGUAUUUUUAUUUUAAAGCUAUGUUGUUAAAUACUAUUUCUUAUGAUAGAACUAUUUUGAUCUGUUUAUACACUAUGCUUGAAAGAAUGUCAAUUAAAUUCCCUUUCUACAGAAAGGCUUUGACCUCAAUAUGCUCUAUUUAGCACAUUAUGUUUAUAAAUACAUGCUUACAUCUGCAUACUAUCAUUGUUUGUUGCUAAGCAUAUACUCCAUGGGGUUGUUGUUACUACAGAAAGUUUACUGAUGGAGUAAUUUGUUUGAAAUAACUUUUGAUUAUACCCUGGAUGAGAUUUAUGUUCCGUGCUGACAGUGUUUUACUCAAAUGUCUACAAGCCUGAUAUUCUAACACCUCAGAUGUACCUAGUGGAUAUAACCAUUAACAGAUGACUAAUUUCUGUUUGUUUCAUUCUAUCAAAUUUCAGAUGUUUAGUUCAGUGGUAAUGUUGACUAUUCACUGCAUUAAAUAAAUAAAUAAAAUAAUCUUUUCUAAGUAUAAUGA